CCAGGCGUGCAGCUGCUGGAGCUGCGCCCCGAGACGCAGACGGUGCUGCUGGAGGCCCAGCUCGGAUCCGAACGUGUGAAGGAGCUGCUGGAAUCCAGCGGGCGCCGCGCGGUGCUGCGGGGUCUGGGGGUCCCCGGGGGUCCCAAAGGAGGCGACACAACGGCGGCGGUGGCGGCGCUGUCCGGCGCCGGAGCCGUGAGGGGUUUGGUGAGAUUCCUGCAGGUUUCUCCUCAGCUCUGUUUGGUGGAUGGAGUCAUCGAUGGGCUGCGGCCCGGCCCGCAUGGGCUGCACGUGCACGAGUUUGGGGAUACGUCCCAGGGCUGUGACAGGUAGGGGGGGGUUGGGGCACC